CACCCGGAAGUGUCUCAAGCAGGCAGACGCCGCGCCACCCAGGCCUCUUCGCUAUGGGCCGCAACAAGAAGAAGAAGCGAGAUGGCGACGACCGGCGGCCCAGGCUCGUUCUCAGCUUCGACGAGGAGAAGCGCCGGGAGUACCUGACAGGCUUCCACAAGCGGAAGGUGGAGCGGAAGAAGGCAGCCAUUGAGGAGAUCAAGCAGCGGCUCAAGGAGGAGCAGAAGAAGCUCCGGGAGGAGCGCCACCAGGAGUACCUGAAGAUGCUGGCGGAGAGAGAGGAGGCGCUGGAGGAGGCAGACGAACUGGACCGGCUGGUGACGGCAAAGACGGAGUCGGUGCAGUACGACCACCCCAACCACACGGUCACCGUGACCACCAUCAGCGACCUGGACCUCUCGGGGGCCCGGCUGCUCGGACUGCCCCCGCCCGAGCAAGGGGCUGGGCACAGGUCCGAGGAGGAGGCGCCAUCCGUGGAGAAGCCCACCAGAGCCUUACCCAGGAAGUCCAGAGACCCCCUGCUGUCCCAGCGGAUCUCCUCUCUCACGGCAUCGCUGCAUGCGCACAGUCGCAAGAAGGUCAAGAGGAAGCAUCCCCGACGGGCCCAGGACUCCGCCAAGAAGCCCCCGAGUGCCACUCGUACCAGCAAGACCCAGCGCCGCCGGCUGACUGGCAAAGCCCGGACUGGUGGGGAGUGAGCCCCGAGAACCGGGCUGGGCCCCAGCCGAGGCUGCAGGGACCUGUCCUGUCUCAGCUUCGCUGUCCCCAUAGCCCAGCCUGCACCGUGCUGGUGACUCCACAGCCCAGGGUUGGGAGGCCAGCACCUCCCUCUCCGGCCUGGCACUUGGACCCAGAAGGAGCAGGCAGCUGAGAGCUGGCCUCCCCGAGGAGGAGCCUUCAGGACCAAGUUGGGGCAUCUUCCCAAAUGUAUCCCACGGGGCCUUCCAUCAGAUUUGUGAAACUAAGUGCCCUUGUGGUUUGUUUGUCCCCGGCCAUGAUGCCCCGCGCUAAGGGCAGGCCUCUGGGGUGGUGGGAACAGUCAGGGAGUGGGUCCCUCUUCACUCUCCAGCAGCUCUCCCUGUGGGUACAAAAAGGUAGUGUCAGGUCUGGGCCCCCUAACCAGGGCUGGAGACCAGGGUAACCACUGGUAGAAGCCGGAGUCUGCCUGCUGCUCUGAAAGGCGGGCAGCAGGGGCAGGUGAGCCUGGCUCUGCCCUGCACUGACUGAGACUUUGGGCCUGUCCCUUCCCCUUGGCCUCGUUGGUCUCCCAGCUGAAAUCAGAGUGAUGGGAGUAGAUGAGUCCUGGAACAUUCCCCACCCCCAAACUUGGGCAGCUUCCCCAGGCUUCCAGCAGCUCCCUGAGAGAGCCCACCAAGGGAGGAGUGAGUGAUUAAUCCUUUUUAAAGAAAAUGCGUCUCAACUCGCCUGAAAGUGUGGUCCUUUGAGAGCAGACCCCUCAGGAGGCCAGCUGGUGUAAGAGCUGCCAUUUCUUCCUGCUCCUUCCAGAUGGAUCUUCAGGUGCAGCUUCAGAGCCGAUGGAAAUCAGCCUUGUUCCUUCCCUGUCCCAGCUUGUGAGUGACCCGCCUCACUCACACACCCCGCUGUUCCCCUGACCGAGCAGGGCUGUUGGCAGAAUCCGGGUCCACCUGCGGCAGGGACAUGAGUGGCGUGAGGACAAGCAGAGCACCUAUUCUGGGGCAUUCAGACCCCUCUUGCCACUUACUGGUUCCUCUGAUUCUGGGCCGGAGCACAGCAGUUUUGGGUUGUGCCCUGGUUAGGGGAGCUGUGUUGGGCCCUAACACUGGGACUGCAGAGGGUAAUAACAUGCUCUCAGCCCUGGUGAGGCUCAUGGACUAGUGAGAGAGGGUCAGGGUGAUGGGAGCGUGUGUGGGUGACAGGAGCGCACGUGAUGGGAGUGCACAGCAGGUGCUGCCCAGCCCUGGACGUGGAGGCCCCUGAGGAGAGGGAGCAGGGAGCUGGGGUCGGCAGGGCAGCCUUCCCCUCCACUCACCCCAGCAAGGGCCUUCCAGGCGCAGCCCAGCCUGCCAUUGGAUGAGCACUCUCCCAGGUCACCACCCAAACCUGCCAUAUGGUGAUAUCUGGUGAUAGCUGGUGGGGUCAGAGGGCCACACUUGGGCGUGGGAACAUGAAGCCCAGGGCUUGUGGCUGGGAGGCCCGGUGACCUGGCUUCUCAGCUCCUUCCACCUGCUGCUUUCCUGUUGGCCUCCCCUGUGCUCGGGGUGGGGUGCCUCAUCCCACUGGGCUGCCUCCAUCCUGGGAAGAGGGUGGGGCCUGUUCCUGCACUCUCCUGGUGGUUCUGCUUCUCAGCCCAGGGCAGCGAGCGGGAGCCUUACAGCAGGCCCCUGUGAGCAGAACAGAGCUGGACCCGGGGAUUCGUGCACACGGCAGGGCUCGGGGUGAACGCUGGCUCUGCCACGUGGCCACGGGUGAGCUCCUCGCUGUGCUGACCUCUCUGGGUCUGUUUCCCCAUGUGUAAGACAACGUAAGACAAUGGCCUCUUAGGGCUGCCCCGCGGCUGAAAUGAGACCAUGCGCACGAAGCCCUUCCCGUGGCACCUGGCCUUCCCCGGGUGCGCCUUCUGUGUUUAUUUGCAGCUGCUGCUGUCUGCUGAGACAUCUGAUCCGGGUCUCUUCUCCCAUCCCCGGUGACAUGGGGUCGUUUACAACUUACAUCUACAAUUUGUAAUGAUAACUAGUAUUAAAUUCUCAUCCGCUC